AUGAUUCCAAUAACCAAUGAUACUGUGUAUGAACCACUCAUUGAAGAAUUCUUCUCCAACCUGGAGUUGGUGACUGACAAUGCAAAUGUUAUAGUCAGACCAGCUAGAGCAACUGUAAUGAGUUUUGACGACGACAUACCAGCUCCAGUGUUUGAGAUGACCAUGUACACUGUACCGGAGGAUGAUGCAGGCAGUGUCCCACUGUGUGUUGACAUUGGUGUGGAGAUCAUGGAAGACUACACAAGCGGAACUACCAUCACAAUACUUGUGCCAGGGACUGGAAUGUGUAUCGACUUCACUGACCUUCUUGUGAAUGACGACAUUGCUCUGGAGGGAGAUGAGGCUUUCACCAUUUUCAUUGAUGGAACUCCUUCCGUAGCAAUGGUCACUAUCACGGAAAGUGAUGAGGUGUCAGUUGGGUUUGAUCCAACGAGUUACAGUGUCCUUGAAGGCGACCCUGCUCAACUGAACCUAGUUAGAGUUGGAGAUGCAGAACAGCCAGUUGUUGUGACUAUAGUUACCAACGAUGGCACUGCUGAAGCCGGUGAAGAUUAUGAACCACUAGUCAAUGGUGUACAAGUCAUCUUCAAUCCUGGACAAUUUACCAAGUCCGUCACUGUGAAUACAAUUACUGACGUAUCUGUCGAGGGUACUGAGAUGUUUAAUGCUCAACUCAUUCCUAUCACUGCUGGUGUUGGUGUGUUUGACUCUGAAGCCAUGGUGUUCCUCCGUGAAGAAGGUAUAAAAACCACAUGUAUGACGUGUGAUUAA